AUGUUGGUAACAGGAAGUAAUUCAAGGCUGAUUGCUGAAUUCAAGAAGGAAAUGGAAGCAUUAUUCGAAAUGUCAGACUUGGGGCUUAUGACCUACUUUCUAGGAAUGGAGAUUACCCAAUCAUCAACUGGCAUCUUCAUUUCCCAAAGAAAGUAUAUACUUGAUUUGUUGAAGAAGCUUAAGAUGAAAAGGUGUAAAUCUGUUGCUACACCUCUGGCCAAAAAUGGAAAGUUGUCAAAGGCAGAAAAGGGUGAAAAUGUGAAUCUUAGCCAUUAUAGAAGUUUGGUGGGAAGCCUUUUGUAUUUAACUGCUUCAAGACCAGAUAUCAUGUUUGCAGCAAGUGUGUUGUCCAGGUAUAUGCAAUCACCUGGUCAAGUUCAUUUAAGGGCAACUAAAAGAGUCCUAAGUUAUGUCAAAGGUACUUAUGAUUCUGGAAUUUGGUAUACAACAGCAGAAAAUGAAAAGUUGCAAGGGCUUUUUGAUAGUGAUUGGGCAGGAUGCCUUAAUGACAUGAAAAACACCAUUGGUUAUGUAUUUUCUACGGGUUUAGGAGUUUUUUCAUGGGUUUCAAGGAAGCAAGAUGUUAUUUCUCAGUCAACUGCAGAAGCAGAGUAUAUGGCUGCUACUGCUGCUGCUAACCAAGCUAUUUGGUUAAGGAAGGUUUUGACAGAUUUGUUUGAACUCAACAGGAAGCUACUGUCAUUCAAGUCGACAAUAAAUCAGCCAUUUCAAUGA